AUGUUUGAGAGCAACCUCCUCUCGCAGAUCAACACCUCCUCACCUCUGCCGACAGCGGUAGAGGUGCAGUUCACCACCAGCAUCAGCCAGUCCCUCUACAAAGCAUUUCAGUUUGCCCACACGCUGCUCGCGGAGAAGAGUGACCGGGCGGCUGCGCUGCUUCCGUGGAGUGAUGAGAUAUACUUGGCCGUGUCAGGGAUGCUGGAGCGGCUGAUGCUGCAACACGCCGACACAACUUUCUCCGAGAUGAUAUUUGCCCUGCGUCGCGCUGAAAUAGACGGGCCGCUUGCCGCCGCCCCGCUACUGUCCACAUCAUCCACCGCUGCGUCUGGGCCGUCGUCGUCAGGACUGCGGCCUGGUGCACGGGGUCGGUACCUUCGUUGGCUGCUCCUGGGGCCGCCGCCGGUGACAACCCCGGAAGAGCGAGCGAUAAAUUUCAUCAACAACAACGUUCCCUCGCAGAUGCGCGUUCACGCCAGCGCGCCGGCAGACGCUGCAGUCGCGGCGAUCGCGUCGCCGAAGGCGGCGGCACCCAUUCCGCUUGCGGAUAUCAUCGUCACAGACGCGAAGGCGGCGGUAGAGAGCGAGGUGGACGCCGCGGCGCUCUCGCAGCUGAAGUCAGUCGAGCUACUCAAGGCCGAGCACGCUCCGUACGGCUACCUGCGCUUUAAGCCGCUUAGCCACCGCAACAAGAUCAUCUCCCUCUUCCUCUUGACGCUCAAGCCGUACCUGGAGCGAAAGGCGGAGCAGUGGUACGUGCGCAACACUGACGCCUCCGUCGAUGCCGUCGCCAUGCGGAACGCGUAUGCUUACCGCUACCCGCACCGAGCAGCCUUCCUGCGCUUCCUUGCGCAGUACGUCUACCCGAUCUACCACGUCAUAAAGCAGGGGUCUCAGCUCCUUUACAUGAUGUGCUUCCUUCUGGAGAUGACGCUCUACACAUCGCCGCUGCAUCGCGUGUUCGGCAUCGCCCUGCGUCGGUGCACCUUGGAGGACUCACUCACGACGAGCCCCCGUGCGCAGCGCGCGCUGCUCAUCGCGCGGGUGGUGCUGCUUCUCGUCUUCUGUGGCUUUCGACUGCUGGACUUCACACGGAACGCCGACGGGGCGUCCUCGCCACGCCAGAUCCAGGAGGAGGGGCUGCCGAUACCGCCCCCACCAGCGCUUGGCGGCGACGUGCCACUGCCAGAGGACCGCAGCAGCCUCCCCAAGGCAGGCGAGUGCCCUGUUUGCCGCAGACACGUCACGAACGCGGCGGUUUGCCUCGUCAGCGGCAUCGUCGGCUGCUACCCGUGCCUGCAAGGCUACGUUCGAGCUCAACGCACGUGCCCAGUCACGCACCAGUCGAUGGGGGUAGAGCAGAUCCGCCGCGUUUUCGAGUGCUAA